AUGGGUGGUGGAGGAAAGUGCUUCACGGUGACUGUGACCAGGAAAGAGCUAGUGGCAGCGGUGGUGCCAAUGCAGGAGCAUUGGCUGCCGCUAUCUAACCUCGAUCUGCUUCUGCCUCCUAUAGACGUGAGUGUGUUUUUCUGUUACAAGAAGCCCCAUCAGAAUGCUAAUGGAGGUGAUGACUUCACCUUUGGGUCCAUGGUUGGGGUUCUGAGGAAAGCCUUGGCCCAAGCACUGGUCUCCUAUUAUGCUUUUGCAGGGGAAGUUGUGAGUAACUCAGUGGGUGAACCUGAACUUCUAUGCAAUAACCGAGGGGUGGAUUUCAUGGAGGCUUACGCAGAUGCAAAACUUCAUGACCUCAGCUUGUACAACCCUGACGACAGUAUUGAAGGCAAGCUUGUCCCCAAGAAGCAGCACGGUGUCCUCUGUGCGCAGGUGACUGAGCUCAAAUGUGGUGGACUCGUGGUGGGCUGUACAUUCGAUCAUCGGAUAGCUGACGCAUAUUCUGCUAAUAUGUUCCUAGUUUCAUGGGCUGAGAUGGCCUUGUGCAAGCCAUUAUCCGUGGUUCCAUCUUUCCGGCGCUCUCUCCUCAACAUUAGACGUCCAGGCUCCUACGAUCCCUCCCUGGAUGAAAUGUACGUCCUUAUAUCAGCCUUACCUCCUCCCAGAGCUCCGCAGCCGGGCGGUGCUGAUCCUUUCAUAAACCGCAUAUACUAUGUCACGGCCGAACAGCUCAGUCUACUCCAAACACUAGCCAGUACCAGCAAGGGCAGCUCCUACAAGAGAACUAAACUAGAGUCUUUCAGUGCAUUUUUGUGGAAGAUGGUCGCGGCAAGCGCUGUCAUGGAAAAUGAUAAUAAAAAGACAUGCAAGAUGGGCAUCGUGGUGGACGGAAGAAGGCGGUUAAGCAGUGGAGACGAGGAUAAAUCAGCAGUGAUGGCCUCUUACUUUGGAAAUGUGCUGUCAAUCCCCUUUGGUGAGAAGAUGAUAGAUGAACUGAAAGAGAAACCCUUGAGUUGGGUGGCAGAUGCCGUUCACGAGUACCUGGAAGGGGCAGUGACAAAGGAGCAUUUCUUGGGCCUCAUCGACUGGGUUGAGGCUCACCGUCCAGAGCCUGCUUUAGCAAAGACAUACUGCAGUGGCAGCAGCGAUGGACCGGCAUUUGUGGUAUCAUCAGGGCAGAGAUUCGCAGUGUCAAAGGUGGAUUUCGGGUGGGGUAGGCCGGCUCUGGGGUCAUACCAUUUUCCAUGGGAUGGGGAAGCUGGAUACGUGAUGCCAAUGCCAAGUCCGGCCAGAGAAGGUGACUGGGUGGUGUACAUGCACCUCUUGAAAGGGCAGAUAGAGUUGAUUGAGACUGAGGCCGCCCAUGUCUUUAGACCUUUAACAUCUGAAUAUCUCAACUUGAUCAGCUGAAAUUGGCUUACAUCCAUAUGACUUCUUAGAUUCUUCAUCCCUCCACCUUAUAGUUUAUCAGGUCCUUCUAAUUUCUCUUUCCAAUAUGGUGAAUGUCUUGGUCAUAAUAUGAAGAGUGAAUUUUUGGAGUGAUAUAAUGAAGUUCUGAGGAUUGUGUAUGAUAA